GACCCGCCCAGGUGCGGCGGCGCAGGCUCUCCCCGGGCGGCGGCGGCCAGGUGGCGGCGGCAGGUGACCCAAUGUCAUGAGAGAUGGAACCAGUGGAAGAGAUCGGCCUCUGGAGCCCCAGGCAGGCCCUCCUGGACACGGGCUCAGAUGUCUCAUCUGUGACCAGAGUCGAGAAGGAGCAGCCUCCUGAAGGAGACCCCGAGAAACCAAACGGAGCCCAAGGAAGUCGUGGCAGGCGAGGCAGCACCAGCCAGCGAGUCAGGAGGCGGCGGAGGAGUUUUCUGAGGCUCUGCAAAGCCGUGGAGAAGCAGCCGGGCCCAGCGGGGGCCUUGCCAGGGGAAGGAGACGCCUGCAGCAGAGGAGCCCGGCGUGAGGCUCCGAAGCCAGGAGGAAGCGUGGCGGGAGCCGGGCUGUAUGACGCGGUGGUGGUCCUUCGGGUGGGGGAGGGCGAGGUGAGCCGGCAGUCCUGUCCGGCGGAAGGAGACUUUGCUUGCAAGGAGUGCGGGAAGGCCUUUGCCUGGAGGUCCUCCCUGAACGUCCACAAGCGGAUCCACACUGGCGAGAAACCCUUCAAGUGCAAGACCUGUGGGCGAAGCUUCAGCCAGAAGCCCAACCUGCUGUGCCACCAGCGCAACCACACAGGGGAGCGGCCCUUCAAGUGCUCCAGGUGCGAGAGGAGCUUCCGGCAGAAGCAGCACCUGGUCAAGCACCGGCGGACCCACACCCGGUCCAGGCCCAGCCCCCACAGCUGCCCCGAGUGCCAGCACAGCUUCAGCAACAAGGCUGUCUUGCGGCUGCAUCGGCGGGUCCACCUGCACCACCGCCAGCUCGUCUUUCAGGAGCUGAAGAAGGCUUACAAGGAGGUAGUGGCGCGGCAGCGGGAGGAGGCCCGAGUGGGCCUCAGCUGGGUGGCCAGGCCUAAAGGAAGGCGGCGGGGGGCGAAGAAGUUCAUCUGCAGUGAGUGUGGGAAGGGCUUCACCUGGUGGUCCUCCCUGAGCAUCCAUCAGCGCAUCCAUACUGGGGAAAAGCCAUUCCCUUGCACCGAAUGUGGAAAGAGCUUCACUCAGAAGCCGAACCUCUUGCGGCAUCUCCGCUACCACAGUGGCGAGAGACCACACUCGUGUUCGGAGUGCGGCAAAGGCUUCACCCAGAAGCAGCACUUGGUGAAGCACCAGCGCACCCACAUGGCAGGGAAGGGGUUCCAGUGCCACGCCUGUGGGCAGACCUUCCCAACCAAGGGAGCGCUCACGGUGCAUCAGAGGGCCGGCCACAUGGGGGCUGGUCUCCUGGAAACAGGAGUGGUGGAUGAGAAAGGCUGUUGCCCCCUUGGCCAGCCGGAGAGCCUCGUGGGAAUGAUAGGCUCUCUGAUUUCCAGCAGCCAGAUGAUCUUCCAGCCACCGGAUCUCCUGAGUCAACCGAACGAUGUUGAUGGGCAGCCGGUCCUGAUAGUGGAGCCGGGCACUCGGCCGCAGGCUCUAUCCCAAACCAAGAAGGGUGUCUUCUGGAAGCCAGAGGUCCCAAAGGCCCCUGCCCCAGAGCAGAAGCAGUACAUCUGCAACGAGUGUGGGAAAGGCUUUGUGUCAUGGUCGGCUCUCACCAUCCACCAGCGGAUCCACACGGGGGAACGGCCCUAUCAGUGUGGCGAGUGUGGGAAGAGCUUCAGCCAGAAGCCCAACCUGGUGAGACACCAGCGUUACCACACAGGGGAGAAGCCCUAUCCCUGCACGGAGUGUGGGAAAUGUUUUGUCCAGAAACACCACCUCACCAAGCAUCAGCGAGUUCACAAGAAGGAGGCCUGCCAUGUUCCCGCGCUGACUGUGAAAACAGAAGAGCGAUAAGGAGAUACUGAUUGGAAAGGGGACAAAGAUUCCCAGUUUUUGCCUUUUGGUAGCCUCUCUGGAGGCUAGGAGGAGGAAGAGGAGGUCUGCUGCCUUUUUCCCCUCUGAGGAGGUUUACGUGGGGAGCCCCACAAGGCCAGUUGUCUCCCCCUCUAGUUUUGGUGGUGUGCACAUGUGGUGUGAGUCCACUGUGUGGAGCUGAUUGGACUGCAGCCACGGAAAAGCCAACAGUGGCUGGACCGACUGGUUCUCUGCAUCGGCUUUCCACCACAAGCCAGGCACAAAGCGUCUCCUUGGCAUAAAGCCUCCCAAAUGGGAACUCCCUUCAGAAGAGUUUUCUCUUGGCUUCUCCCCAUGAAUGCUUAGGAGAUGCUCAGUGAAUUUAACUCUAAAUUUUAAGAGGGCCAUAAAAUGCGUUGUUGUUGUUGUUUUUGGUUUCCCCAUAUGCCUUGGAUUGUGAUCCUAAGCACACUUAGAAGAGGGUUUAAGUGUGACUCUAGUGGGCAACCCCCCUUUCCUCUGGGGUUUUGCAUUUGGACGCUGUCUUGUGGACAUGGGGCCGUUGCCCACGCGCAGCAGUGAAAUCCGCGCAACUGCUUUGUGCAGGUAGCUGCCCAAUUGACAAGUGGGGCCACAGAGGGGUGGCCUUUAAGACAUGUUUUGUAUGGGUUUUACUAAUGCUCCCUGCCUUGGAUCCCUGUUUAUCUGGGAGAAAGGUGGGUUUACAAAUAAUCGAAUUAAAAGCCCUCUGGGAAAGUGCUUUUGGCUUGUAAGUGUCAUGCUUAAAUCAGUUCUUACUUCCAAAUAGGACUGGAUGUGUGAAGCGUUUCUUAAGUGUGUCGAAACAUGGGGUUGUUUGUAACUUGAUUACUGGAUCACAGAAUAAAGUCAGUUAUCAUUUGAAGAAAU